AUGGUCAGGAAAAAGAUAGACAAUCGAAUCCGAGUGUUAGUAGAAAAUGGAGUUGCCAACAAACACAGAUCAAUGUUUGUCAUUGUUGGUGAUCAUGGCCGAGAUCAGGUGGUGAUACUGCAUCAUAUGCUAUCAAAAGCGGUGGUGAAAGCAAGGCCAUCUGUACUCUGGUGUUACAAAAAAGAACUUGGCUUCAGCAGUCAUCGUAAGAAGAGAAUGCGACAACUACAGAAGAAAAUAAAGUCUGGCAAGUUAGAUGUAAAAGAAGAUGACCCAUUUGAGUUGUUUAUUGCUGCAACCAACAUCCGUUAUUGCUACUACAAUGAGACCCACAAGAUUCUUGGCAACACAUAUGGCAUGUGUAUACUUCAGGACUUUGAAGCAUUCACCCCCAACCUUCUGGCACGAACCAUUGAGACUGUGGAAGGGGGAGGACUUGUGAUCAUUCUCCUACGCUCUGUGUCCUCCCUCAAACAACUCUAUACAAUGACCAUGGAUGUUCACUCACGGUUCCGCACUGAGGCUCACCAGGAUGUUGUCUCUCGAUUCAAUGAAAGAUUUCUUCUGUCCCUGUCCUCGUGUAAAAGUUGUGUGGUGAUUGACGACCAACUCAACAUCCUUCCAGUCACAUCUAACAUCCUCAACAUCUCACCAGUGCCCACCAAGGCCAUGGAAGAUACCAUGUCACCUAAAGAACUGGAGCUUCAAGAGUUGAAAAGCUCAUUACAGGAUACCCAGCCAAUUGGAUGUAUAGCGGAGUGCUGUCAGACACUAGACCAGGCAAAGGCGGUAUUGAAGUUUGUGGAUGCCAUUUCGGAAAAGACAUUGUGUAGUACUGUGGUAUUGACAGCUGCUAGGGGACGGGGAAAGUCGGCAGCCCUGGGUUUGGCCAUAGCAUCAGCUGUGGCAUUUGGAUAUUCAAACAUUUUUGUGACUGCUCCAAGUCCAGAAAACUUGAAAACAUUGUUUGAGUUUAUCUUCAAGGGGAUGGAUACACUGGACUAUCAGGAACAUUUGGACUAUGAGAUAAUCCAGUCAACUAACCCUGACUUUAACAAAGCCAUAGUGAGAGUCAACAUCUUCAAGGAACAUCGACAAACCAUUCAGUACAUCCACCCAUCAGACAGUCUGAAGCUGGGACAGGCAGAGCUGGUAUGCAUUGACGAGGCCGCAGCAAUACCAUUACCUCUAGUCAAAUCUCUUCUGGGACCUUAUCUUGUCUUUAUGGCCUCCACGGUCAAUGGAUAUGAGGGCACUGGUCGGUCUUUGUCCUUGAAACUGGUUCAGCAACUGCGCCAACAAGCAGCAACAUUUGGCAAUUCAACAGAAGUACAGAAGAUAAAAGCAGUUGAAAAAUCAAGAUUAAGACAGUCAGCCACAGGACGUGCUCUCCAUGAGAUAUCCCUGACUGAGUCCAUAAGGUAUGCUGAUGGUGACCCUGUUGAGUCCUGGUUGAACAGUAUACUGUGCCUUGAAUCUGGCAGCAUUCCGAGCAUCCUGUCAGGUUGCCCAGUCCCAGCCCAAUGUGACCUGUACUAUGUUAACAGAGAAACUCUCUUCUCUUACCAUAAGGCUUCAGAGGCCUUCCUUCACAGAGUCAUGUCCCUCUGUGUCGCCUCACAUUACAAGAACACUCCCAAUGACCUGCAGAUGUUGUCGGAUGCUCCUGCAUUUAAUAUCUUUGUACUGCUGGGACCUGUGACAGACAACCAGAGCUCCCUGCCAGAAAUCCUGUGUGUUAUUCAGGUAUGCCUUGAAGGAGAGAUCUCCAAGAGCACCAUCAUGAAUAGUUUAUCCCGGGGAAGGAGAGCAGCAGGAGACCUAAUUCCAUGGACUGUUUCACAACAGUUCCAAGAUCAUGAUUUUCCUGGACUGUCCGGUGCAAGAAUUGUGAGAAUUGCUACCCAUCCAGACUACCAAGGGAUGGGAUAUGGGAGUCGAGCUGUAUCACUUCUCCAACAAUACUAUGAAGGUAACAUUCCCAGCCUCAAAGAGGUAGGACCAGCACAAGCAGAGUUGGACACUGUUCCAGAAGAUGAUGUGAAUCUGAUGGAGGAGCAUCUUAUUCCACGAAAACACCUGCCACCAUUGCUGCUGAAGUUGAGUGAACGAAAAGCAGAAAAACUUGACUAUCUUGGGGUGUCUUAUGGACUGACAGCUAACCUGCUGAGAUUUUGGAAGAAAGCUGGGUUUUCGAUGGUUUAUCUUAGACAAACAGCGAAUGACUUGACUGGUGAACACUCUUGCAUCAUGCUGAAGGUGCUUGCUGAAGAUUUAGAUGACAUUGGAGGGAGGGAUACAACCUGGCUUCCUGCGUUCAGGAAAGAUUUCCUCCGUCGAUUUGUGUCCCUGUUAUCAUAUCAGUUCCGCAGAUUUCACCCAUCCCUGGCCCUCAACAUCCUAAGUGAAAAAGGAGCCAAACUGGAAUCAGGUAGUAUCAGCCGUGCUGUGCUUGACAUGAACCUGAGCAAGUAUGACAUGAGAAGAUUGGAGCUGUAUGCCCAGAACAUGGUAGACUAUCACCUCAUCAUGGAUCUUGUGCCAGUUAUUGCCAAACUAGUGUUUCUGGGUCAAGUCAAGAUCCAUCUGAGUGCAGUACAGUCAGGUCUGCUGCUGGGUCUAGGGCUGCAGCAUAAGACUGUGGAUGAUUUGGAGAAGGAGUUUGAGCUUCCUACAAGUCAGCUCCUAGCUCUAUUGAAUAAAGUCAUUCGAAAAGUGUCCAAGUUUUUUACUGAGAUUGUGGAAGCUGAUAUAGAAAGUCUCAUGGCAGAAGAGAAGGAUGUCCAGAUGAAUCCAGUAGGCCAAACAUUGGAAGAAGAUCUGAAAGAGGCAUCAGACAAGGUGAAAGAGAAGCAGAAACAAGAAAAGGCUAUCUUGACUGACCAUGACCUUACCCAGUAUGCUAUCAAAGGGUCGGAAGAGGACUGGAAGUUGGCUCUGAACAGUCACACAAAGGCUGGUAUCAUCAGUGUCAAAGGGAAGUUGGAACAGAAAAGGAAGAUAGCAGUAUCUCAAACAGAGCAAGAGACGAUGAUGAAAAGUGGGAAACGCAGGAAAGUGAAACAGAAGAACUGAGCACUCAUUUAGUCCUAGAUGUUGUGUAGUGGACCAUUUGUGUAAUGUAGAUCUUUCAGGUGUCA